AUGUCCUCCCCUCGAUCCGCCGUGCACAUUCCUACAACCCCGGCCGUCCUUGACAGCGUCCGUCUCCGCAACAUCGAGCUCCCGCUCCCCGCUGCCCCAGACCCAUGGCAUCGCCCCGACAAGCCGCAGCCCUGCACAGCAAGCCUAAAGCUAUCCUAUUCUUCCGCCAUCGCUGCCGCAGAACAAGACGACGUUUCGCUCUCUCUUGACUAUGGCAAGCUCUUCCGACGCUUGGAGACCGAUGUUCGCGAGAUGGCCCACCACACCAUCUCCCCUGAGCACCCGCAUCACCGCAUGGUCAGCGUCGACGGCACACAGCGCGAGGAGAUGAAGAUCAGUGCCGUGGGCCAGGACCCGCGCGUUACGGCCGGUAUAGUGGCGAACUGCGGUCUGGGCCUGUUGGAUGAGACAGCCGCCGGUGUGCGCCGCAUGGCUCAUGUGCACCAGAGCCCGCGGAAUAGCUUCUCAGGCGCACCACCGCCCCCCGUCCCCGCGCCUCCCCGCUCGUCCCCAAUCGCGGCCGAGUAUGGCCGGUGUGAGGUGUGGUUGCACCUGCCCAAGGCGUUGCUGCGUGCGGAGGAGGGCCUCAAGUAUCGGAGCGUCACGGUGUGGGGGUACAAGGAUGGUGCGGAUGCGGAGGUCUUGGAUUCUGAGUCGCGGUGUCCCGUGGUGUUGGAGGAGGAGUUCCGUAUCGAAGGGGUUCGCUGCUACUGUAUUCUUGGUGUGAAUUCGCAUGAGCGGGUUGAGAAGCAGGCUGUUAUUAUUUCCCUGGGCUUUUCGGGUCCCGGCCAGUUGGCUUGGGGAUCGACCGUGGUCGAUACGUAUGUGGCUCUGACGCGGGCUGUUGCGGAGAAAGUCGACGAGACCACUUUCCAGACGGUUGAAGCUCUGGCUACCUUUGUGGCUCGCAUCGCGACGGUGGACUAUGGCAAUGAGCGCGUCACCGUCCGCGUCGAGAAGCCUAGCGCGUUGGCAUUUGUCCAGCGCUCUGGUGUCGAGAUUACUCGCUCCCAAACGUUCUUCAAGAACCACGAUGUGGCACGCAGGUAA